AUGAAGUCGGCUUCAGCCAUCUUGGCGGUCUUGGCGGCCGUUGCCAAUUUGACUUCCGCUCAGACCGUGAGCGGAAAGGCAGAGGGCUUCGCGGCCGGAGUUACCGGCGGUGGAAGCCUUGCCGCCGUCACGCCCAAGGACAUCGAUGAGCUGACAAAGUACCUCACCGACGACGAGCCCCGUGUCAUUGCUCUUUCUCAAGAGUAUGAUUUUACCGAGUCCGAGGGCACGGAGACCGGCACGGCAUGCGCCAGCUGGGGCACCGGCUCCGCUUGCCAGAGAAUCAUCCAGGACGACUGCGGCAGCUCUACUAAGGAGACGGGCACUUGGUACAAGGCCGCCCGUACGCCUAUCGAUGUUGGGUCUAACAAGACUAUCAUCGGUGUCGGUAACAAGGGUGUCAUCAAGGGCAAGGGCUUGAGGAUGCAGGGCAGCAACGUCAUUAUCCAAAACAUUGAGAUUACCGAUCUGAACCACAAGUACGUCUGGGGCGGUGAUGCUCUGUCUUUCGCCGGCGCUGACCUUGUCUGGGUCGACCACGUCACGACUACCCGUCCCGGCCGCCAGCACUACGUGUUCGGCUUCACUGCUAGCAAGCGCAUCACCCUGUCCAACAACUUCAUCAACGGAAACUCGACCUACUCCACCGGCUGCGAUGGAUACCACUACUGGACUUUCGAGAUGGUUGGCAAGGACGAUCAGAUCACCAUGAAGAACAACUACGUGUACAUGACUGCCGGCCGUGGUCCCGCUCUGAGCGGUUCCACCCUGCUUCACGCCGUGAACAACGUCUGGGAGGACACCAAGGGACACGCCAUUGAGGGUGGUGAGGCCACCGCUCGUGGUAUCUUUGAGGGUAACGCCUUCAUCAACGUCAAGCAGCUCGUUUCCGACUACCAGGGCAAGCUCUUCACCGCUCCUGAUGCGACCACCGCUGCCGAGUGCAAGACUGCCCUGGGCAGAGCCUGUGAAGUCAACGUCUUCGAGGACACCACCGACGCGUUCAAGUACACCGACACUUCGUUCUUCAGCGACUUUGAUGGUCUCACCAUUGCCAGCGCCGCAGCUGGUAGCGCGAUCAAGGCCAGUGUCCCCAGCAACGCCGGCAUUGGCAAGCUCAGCUCUUCCUCAUCUUCCUCCGAUGCUACAACUGAGACUGCUGCCGAGACCGCCGAUUCCGUCGAGGCUACUCCCUCGUCCGCUCCUGUUGCGUCUACCUCUGCUGCGCCCAAGGCCUCCCAGGCUGCGACCUCUGGAUCUGUUGCCCUCUACGGCCAGUGCGGCGGACAGGGCUACUCCGGGGCCACUACCUGCGCCUCCGGCAAGUGCCAGCUUGUCAACGACUGGUAUUCUCAGUGCGUCUAAGUUGAUGGAAGAAAGUCAGCCAGAUACAGCCCUAAAAGCGAGAAAGGGAGUAGGUGUGCACAUGAUCACGGGUAACGGCAUCAUGUGGCAAUAACCACC